AUUUCGCUUUCCGAUUGUUCUGAGUCACCGGUCUAUUUUAGUUAGUCAUUGCAUAAAUGUUUAAUAAGCGCGCCUACCUCCUACAAUGCGCGAGUUACGAAUGUCACCGUGCUGUAAACAUUCAAUGAUUUAGUUGGUGUCUGUUUUUCGGGAUGUUCAGGAUUUCAACGAGGUUCGACGCUUCAGGAAAAGGUCGGCCGUAAUUGGAACAGAGAGUCAGAAAAAGCGAUCAAUAUGACGGAUCCAAAACGUGCACACCCGAUUAUUGUCAAAAGCGCGAUACCAAAGAAUCGGGAGGAACUCCUCAAGUGGAACGGAUGGGGAUACAAGGACUCCAAAUUUGAAAUUAAACUAACCGAUGACGGUCCGGAAAUCUACUUCAGUGGCAAGAGGUAUCCAAUAGGGGAGGUGAGUCUCCCUCAUUUCUUAGAAUGGGCACAGGACAUCCUGGACGUUGACCUAACCAAGAAGCCAAAAGAAACAAGGGCCAUACCUUCCGAGGACCAAUAUCAGAAACCAAACAUCACUACAGAGAUAUUGUACAAAAUUUCUAGUCUUGGAAUACCAUAUUCUAUAAAGGUCCUCGACCGAGUGAUUCGAGCGCACGGACAGAGCCUCCACGAGAUCUACUCUUUGCAGAACUCUAACCUCCAAAGGAUACCAGACGUCGUGGUAUGGCCGAGCUGUCACGAAGAAGUUACGAGGAUAGUCGAGCUCGCGCAUUCCGAAAACGUCGUCGUUAUUCCUUUCGGGGGCGGAACUGCGGUUUCGGGAGCCGUCGAAUGCCCUGCCGAAGAAACCCGCCCUAUAGUGGCCCUUGACACGUCGCAGAUGAACAGGAUUCUGUGGAUCGACAGGGAGAACCUGGUAGCGUGCUGCGAGAGCGGGAUCGUCGGCCAGGACUUGGAGAGGGAGUUGGGGAAGUUGGGGUAUACGACGGGACACGAGCCGGAUAGUUACGAGUUCUCUAGUUUGGGCGGGUGGGUUGCUACUAGAGCGUCAGGAAUGAAGAAGAAUGUGUACGGAAACAUCGAAGAUCUCUUAGUGCAAGUGAAGAUAGUCACAGCUAAAGGCGUGCUUCAGAAAAACUGUCAAGUACCGCGCAUGAGCUGUGGACCAGAUUUCAACCACAUCGUAUUGGGCUCGGAGGGUUCUCUGGGGGUUAUAACCGAAGUUGUUAUCAAGAUUAGACCCUUGCCUAAGUGUAAGAAGUACGGAUCUAUCGUAUUUCCCGCCUUUGAACUGGGAAUAAAAUACAUGCGAGAGGUAGCCCGCCGAAAAUGGCAACCGGCAUCGAUACGUCUCAUGGACAACGACCAGUUCAAAUUCGGUCUGAUCCUCAAACCGAAACCCAACCGCUUCGAAUCGUUAGUCGAUGGCUUCAAAAAGUUUUACGUCACGAAGCUGAAAGGAUUCGAACCGGACCACAUGUGCGUGAUGACGUUGUUAUUUGAAGGCGAAGACAGUGACGUCAGUGCAAACGAGAAGAAGCUUUAUGGAUUGGCGAAGGAGUUUGGAGGAUUCUCGGCUGGGGAAAAGAACGGAGAAAGAGGCUACAUGCUGACCUUUGUCAUCGCUUACAUCAGGGAUUUGGCGCUCCUAUACAACGUGGUGGCGGAAUCGUUCGAAACGUCCGUCCCCUGGGACAGAGCGGCCUCUCUCGUCCGGAACGUGAAGCACGUCGUCUCAGAGGAAUGCCGCGCCAUCGGGAUCACGCAUUUUCUGAUCAACUGCCGCGUGACGCAGACCUACGACGCGGGCUGCGUCAUCUACUUCUACCUCGGGUUCAACCACGAUCGCAUCGCAGAAGACCCGGUGGUCAUCCACAGCAGGCUGGAGACGAGGGCGAGGGAGGAAAUCCUCGCUUGCGGCGGUAGCAUCUCCCACCACCACGGCGUUGGGAAGCUGAGGAAAAAGUGGUACCAACGUUCCGUCUCCGAUGUGGGGGUAGGCCUCUAUCUAGCCGCCAAAAGGGAGCUCGAUCCCAAGAACAUUUUCGCUACGAAUAAUCUCGUGCAGUCGAAGUUGUAGGUUCGCCGUUUUGUACCGUUAGUUCUACAGUUACCGUUAGUUUUAAGAUCGGAUGUUUUUUUUUUAUUUUAGGAACAAUAAAUGUUUUGCCAGAUCUGAA